AAUUAACCUCUGAACUGCAAAAAAAUCAUCAUCCACCGAGCGGAUUGAAAAUAGCUUUGAUCAGGUCAGGCCGACUCGGGGAACUAAUUCGUCCUUCUCGCCCUCAGAACUUUUCUCCAGCGCUUGUUCGUCCUUCCGUGAUACCCCUGAUGUCUCCAUUCCCAGCAGAUCUCAAGACGGCUCGGUCCGACGACAAGUUCACGCCGCCCGACAGCCCACGAUGGAAAGAGCGCGUGAGCGUGGAAAGCAUCACGCUCACCAGCGAUGACAAUGAUGCGCUGAAACUCAUCGGAACCACCAGGUUCGAGCCGAGGAGCGACAUCAAGAAUAUCCUGAUCACCGGGGGUGCUGGGUUCAUCGGCGGCUGGGUGACCCGGCACCUCGUGGUGCAGUAUCCCGAGUACAACGUUGUCUGCUUCGACAUGCAGAACUACGUGUCGUCGACGGCCAACGUGAGCUGCCUCGGCGACUUCCCCAACUUCACCUUCGUCAAGGGCGACAUCACGUGGCAGAGCGCCGUCGACCGCGUCCUGGCCGAGCACGACAUCGACUGCAUCAUGCACUUUGCCGCCCACUCGCACGUGCAGAACUCGUUCCACGACCCGGCCUCCUUCACGCUCAACAACGUCGUCGGCACCCAGGUGCUGCUCGACAGCGCCCGCCGCCACGGCCGCGUCAGGCGCUUCAUCCACGUCAGCACCGACGAGGUGUACGGCGACAUCGCCGACGAGUGCGCCGACGAGAACAAGCAGUUCCUGCCGACCAACCCCUACUCGGCCUCCAAGGCGGCGGCCGAGAUGUACGUGUACGCGUACUACAAGUCGUUCGGCAUCCCGGUCGUGAUUGUCCGGAGCAAUAACGUUUUCGGGCCAGGCCAGUACCCGGAAAAGAUCAUCCCCCGCUUCUUCACUCUCCUGUCCAAGGGCCAACCCCUGACCAUCCAGGGGUCCGGCCUCAACAAGCGGCGAUACCUGUACGGGGCCGACGCGGCGGACGGGUUCGACACCAUCCUCCACAAGGGCGUCGUGGGCGAGGCGUACAACGUCGAGUCGGAGUCGGGCGUGACCAACAUCGAGGUGGCCGUCCGCAUGCUCGGCCUCUUCGGCUACACGCCGCACGCCGACUUCUCGACCCGGCUGUCCUGGAUCCCGGACCGGCCCUUCAACGACCACGACUACCGCGUCGACGGGACCAAGCUCCGGCGCCUCGGGUGGAGGCAGAAGGUGUCGUUCGAGGACGGCCUCGCGGCCACGGUGGACUGGUACAGGCGGAACCUGAAGGUCUGGUGGCCGGACGAGGGCAGCCUCGACAAGAUCGCGGUGCAGACGCCGGCGGUGAUUAUUAAUGAUACGGGGGACGCGAAUCCCCUCGGGGCUAUCGACGCCCGGGACGGAGUAGACUUGAGGAAGGCUAUCGCGGCAUGACGAUUGAUGACUGGGACUUUAAGAAGAAGAAGAAGAAGAAGAAGACGCGAGAAGCUGCGGGGUUUACGAUAUGAUAGAAGUGUGUGUCCGAACUACUCGGGUGUGUGUACGGAAGCGAAAGCAAGGCGCCGGAGGCGCGUGAAGAGGGCGGGGCACACUGGGCUUGCGGCUGUUAUUUCUUGUUAGGCGGCUUCGUGGUACUCUAGAUGAUUUCAGGUCACAGAAUGCGGCAUCUUAGAGCUAAGGU